AUGACUGGCACAAGAUCGGAGGGCAACGAGAACACCACGGUCCCCAAUAUGUCGGAUGACAGUAGCGUACUGAUGUUCAUUCUGGUGGAGCCCAGGAUGAGAAGCGAAGAGGAGAGGUUUAGGACUUUUCAAGACUGGCCUAGCGAUGCACCAGUCACCGCUGUCGACCUUGCCAAAGCGGGGUUUUACUUUCUUGGACCCGGGGAUAAGGUGCAAUGUUUCUGUUGCGGUGGGAUUUUAAGAUACUGGGUUCAUGGCGACAGUCCAUUGGGCGAACAUAAGAGACACUUUCCAAUGUGUAGUUUCGUGUUGGGCCGAAACGUGGGAAACAUUCAACAGCAUCCUACACCCGGAUCCUCCGAUGCUGUAGAUGGGCAACUCUUGAGUCAGCUUCAGAGGAUGACCGUAGAUGACCAGGUGGUCGCUGGACAGGCGGUGUAUCCAGAAAUGGAAGCAGAAGACUCACGACUGACUACGUUUCACAACUGGCCGACCGAAGCUUCAGUCCAACCAGAGGUCCUAGCAAGGGCAGGCUUCUUCUACACUGGGCACGGUGACAAUGUCAAAUGCUUCUACUGUGAUGGGGGCCUGAGGAACUGGGAGCCUGGUGACGAUCCAUGGCAGGAGCAUGCCAAGUGGUUCCCACGAUGUGAGUUUUUGCUUCAAACAAGAGGACGUCAAUAUGUCAAUAACAUCCAAGAGUCCUAUUUCAAUAUGGGUGAAAAUGGGGGUGGAUCACAGACCUCCAUGGUCAGAGACAUCAGCUCAGGACAUGACCUGAGUGGGGGCCAGGGGUCCUCCUCCGCGCUGCUGUCCCCCGUAGUCCAGACAGUACUGCAGAUGGGCUUUGAGGCUGGGCUAGUGGAGAGCUUAGUCCAGACCAAGUACCUGCUGACGGGAAACCACUACACGUCUGUGUCUGACCUGGUCUCCGACGUGCUGCAGGCCGAGGAGGAGGACAGGCAGAGGUCGGAGGAGGACAGAGGUAGGCCUCUAGCGAGACUGGGCACCAGUGCAGUAGGGGAGAGAACGCACCCUCACACCAAAGAGAAAGCAGUAGGGGACCUGAGCCCUGAGGAGCAGCUAAGGCAGCUGCAGGAGGAGCGUACCUGCAAGGUCUGCAUGGACAAGCUGGUGUCCAUCGUCUUCAUCCCCUGCGGUCAUUUAGUUGUCUGCACUGACUGCGCAGCCAGCCUGCGCCACUGCCCCAUCUGCCGUGCAGUCAUCCGCGGGAGCGUCCGAGCCUUCAUGUCCUGA